CGUGGCUCGGCUCGCUGGGAGAGAGGAGACCGGCGGGCCAUGGUAGGCUCCACGCUCUGGUUUUCGCUGCUGCUGGCGGCAGCGUUCGCCUGGCGGGCGACGGCCCUGUGGCCAUGGCCCCAGUACAUUCAAACCUCCGAGCGGCGCUACACCAUCUUCCCUCACAGCUUCCAAUUCCAGUACCACGUCAGUUCGGCCGCGCAGGUGGGCUGCUCCGUCCUCGACGAGGCCUUCCAACGCUACCGUGACCUGCUCUUCGGUUCCGUGUCCUUCCACUUUCCCCAACCCAUGGGAAAACAGCAUACGUCAGAGAAGAAUUCGUUGGUUAUCCUUGUCGUCACUCCUGGAUGUGACCAGUUUCCUUCUUUGGAGUCUGUGGAGAAUUACACCCUGACCGUAAAUGAUGAGCAGUGUUUCCUCCUUUCAGAGACUGUCUGGGGCGCCCUCCGAGGUCUGGAGACUUUUAGCCAGCUUGUUCAGAGAUCUCCUGAGGGCACGUUCUAUAUCAACAAGACGGAGAUUGAGGACUUCCCCCGCUUCCCUCACCGGGGCUUGUUGUUGGAUACGUCUCGCCAUUACCUGCCACUGGCUAGCAUCCUGGACACUCUGGAUGUCAUGGCGUACAAUAAAUUCAACGUGUUCCACUGGCAUCUGGUCGAUGACUCUUCCUUCCCAUAUGAGAGCUUCACUUUUCCAGACCUCACCAAAAAGGGGUCCUACAACCCUGCCACCCACAUCUACACAGCACAGGAUGUGAAGGAGGUGAUUGAAUAUGCGCGACUUCGGGGUAUCCGUGUGUUGGCAGAGUUCGACACUCCUGGCCACACUCUGUCAUGGGGACCAGGUGUCCCUGGAUUAUUAACUCCUUGCUACUCUGGGUCUCACCCUUCUGGCACCUUUGGGCCAGUGAAUCCCGCUCUCAACAAUACCUAUGAGUUCAUGAGCACCUUCUUCUUGGAGAUCAGCUCUGUCUUCCCAGAUUUUUAUCUUCACCUUGGAGGAGAUGAGGUUGAUUUCACCUGCUGGAAGUCCAACCCAGAUAUCCAGGCCUUUAUGAAGAAGAAAGGCUUUGGUGAGGACUUCAAGAAGCUGGAGUCCUUCUACAUCCAGACGCUGCUGGACAUCGUCUCUGCCUACGGCAAGGGCUACGUGGUGUGGCAGGAGGUGUUUGAUAAUAAAGUAAAGGUUCAGCCAGACACAGUCAUCCAGGUAUGGCGAGAAGAGAUGCCUGUAAGGUACAUGAAGGAGAUGGAACUGGUCACCAGUGCCGGCUUCCGGGCCCUGCUCUCUGCCCCCUGGUACCUGAACCACAUAACUUAUGGCCCUGACUGGAAGAAGAUCUACAUGGUGGAGCCACUGGCAUUUGAAGGUAGCCCUGAACAGAAGGCUCUGGUGAUCGGCGGAGAGGCCUGUAUGUGGGGAGAGUAUGUGGACAGCACCAACCUGGUCCCCAGGCUCUGGCCUAGAGCAGGGGCUGUUGCCGAGAGGCUGUGGAGCAACAAGACGGUGACCGACCUGGACUUUGCCUAUAAACGUUUGGCACACUUCCGCUGUGAGCUGCUGAGGCGGGGUGUCCAGGCCCAGCCCCUCAGCGUAGGCUACUGUGACGUGGAGUUUGAACAAACCUGAGCAAGUACCCCAGGCACCGAGGAGGGUGCUGGCCCUAGGAGAGCGGUAGCGGGGCCAGGCUUCCACUGUACCCCACCCGGGGGACGGGGCCCCUUGCCCACAUUCCUGUGUGCCUGGAGACAAGGGGGCUGGUGUUGGUACUGGUGUCCAAUAAAGAGUGAUGUGGCGUUUUUCUAUAA